AUGGAUGAGAGUAGAAUUAUUCGUCAGGAGAAGACAAUUUUAGAUCAUAAACAUGGAGGUUUGUCACAUCAUGAUGAAUUGGAAUCCUACCUAAAUCAAUCACUAGAGAAUGCAACAACAAUUCUGCACAAGGAUGAACAAACUGUCUAUUCUAAAUUCAAAGAUACCUCCUAUAGGAAUAUUCAUAGGGAGCCAACAGGUUCUGAAACACCUAGACAAACUCAAUCAACUGCAACAGCAACUGUUAUUAAUAAUCAAAGUACUUUUGAAACAACACAACAAGACAAAUUUAUGGAAGUAAUGAACCAAUUCAAUAAUGUUAAUUUGAAUAAUAAUUUCACAACUUUUCAACCUUUGAAGGAAGAAGUUGACAUUCCAAUUGUCACUCAACCAUCCACCUCAACCAAUAAUAAUACUCCUCAAUCUAAUAAUUUGAUUUCCAAACAAGUUGCUCCAAAUCAAAUCAACAACAGUUCAACUAGCAAUAGUGUUUCACAAUCAACUAUUAAGGAAAAGACUGAAGAACCACUCUCACAAAUAACUACACCAACCAUCAAUCCAAUCACUCAAACAAACUACAAUGAUGACGAGGAAGAGGAUGAAGAAGUUAGUUUUGGGCAAUUCCAACAACAUUACGAAGAUGAUUCCGAAGAUGACAUUGAAAUAAACUAUCAAUAA